AUGAGCGCCUUAAAACUCGGAGCUGAUUUAUCCUUCGUCAUAACAGCCCCGGAAAAUGGGAUCCCCCUCAAGUGCUACAGCCCAGAGCUAAUUGUCUACCCAUAUCUGUACAGCCAAAAGUCAAAAAUAAGCAAAAUCCCCGGGGACGAAUUACAAAAAUGCGUAGACUAUUUGUCCAAUCGAAUUGACUGUUGUGUUCUUGGGCCAGGUCUUGGCUCCAUCGAUGAGGUGACCAAAGAUUGCCUCAUCUGUAUAAUUAAAAAAAUGGUAAAAAAAAACGUCUUCCUAAUUCUCGACGCAGAUAUGAUUGAAUUUGCCUUAACCAAUAAAGAGGUACUUUGCUUAAUACAAAAUUAUGAGCACUGCCUUUUUACGCCAAAUAAAAAUGAGUUUAGGAAAAUGAUUUUUCUCCUCUCGGAGGAUGACCCAAAUUUGACGCUUGAGCAUCUGACCACGGACAGAGUUGUUCAUCACGGUCAUAAGUUGAUGGGCAUCCUUGAUGGUCCAAAGAUACUGAUUAAGGGUCUCCACGACGUGUUUAUUUCCAGGGAUUUUUUUUUCGUCUCCUCCGUUGAGGACCCCUGUUUGAAGAGGCCGGCGGGGCUGGGCGACGUGCUGGUGAGCGCGACGCGGCUGCCUUGCGGUUGGCACGAGCGGACAUGCACGCGAUUUAAACCCGCUGAUCAGC